AGCUGUCCAUCUGGCUUGCAAAUUAUUCAGUUGCUUUAGUUUGUACUGCCUUAGUCAUGUUGCUCGUUGCAUCGAUUGUCGAGUUGUUUCUUGUUGUUUGUCAGGUUGCAAGCAUUUUGGGAGCUACUCCGUGUGAACAAUCACCACCGACUUGUCCACAGUUCAAUACGAGUGCCUACGUGUUUUCAAAUUGUCGAUAUAUCUAUGGCCAGUAUGUGCAGAUCUAUAGCAUCGGAGCGAGAGGAAUUCUAGAUGUCGAUUGGGGGUCGCAUCCGAGAGCAUCUCCUCGUCUGUCUGUCAUUCUAUGGCCGGAGAGAAAUUCCAGCAAAGCAAGCGGUACGUUGCUCUUGUUUGAACCUAAGGGUCAAACUGUUCUCUUCCGCAAUCCAAAGCCUAAUUCCGACGAACGUCUUAUUAUGAACUCUUCAAGUUGCACUGGAUUUAGUAAAACGACAAACGAGCUGAAAGAAUAUCAGUGGAUACUGCACGAGCACCGCGUCUUUGGAUAUACGGAAAACAUCUACAGUUUGCGCUCAAAUGUGGGCAACCUAACCUACUGUCUAGGCGUUAAUGGCUCGACGAAGGUCACUGUGGAGAAAAGAUCGAAUUCGAACUGCUUUUCUAAACGUUUCUUGUUCACUCUGUGUAAAGACAAGCAAAUACAAUCAGACUACUUGUAUUCCGACUGCUGGUGGAAUGUGCCUUCGUGGCUGAAACAAUCGUGUGUGUGAGACAAUCUUGCAGUUUGAUCUAGACGUGAGACAUUAAAUUCAGAAUCAAAAUAUUUUUCAGAAAUUUUAAAUAAUUACAGAGGAAUGUAUAAAAUUAGUUAUGACGUAGAUCGAGAUUUAUGUACGAAAAACGUUUAUACAUUCAAAU